GCAAUUAUAAGAAUUUUUGAAAAAUUAUGUAGGAUUAUUAAGGUGCCCUCAUCAGUCACCACUGCGUGUACCGGCUAGGUACGGCAUUGGCAGCAAGCUGUGACGUCAGCUGACGCAUGCGCAUAAAGCUCUCGCGUGAAAUAAAAUCUCACGACUGCCCAACACUGGCUCCAUGGCUCAGUUUUCAUUCUAUCGGUUAUAUAUACUGUGGACAAAAAUAUGUGUAUAGAAGAAACAAAUGAUGUAGGUUCGUGUAUUAAAUAAAAGAUCACUGGGUAUGUACGGUAGACGUCAGAUCUCGUGAUGCAUGCGCAUACCCUAGCUAACUUUUGUGACAUAACCUUUUACAAAUGUUCUUUACAAACCGGGAAAAUGUUAUGUUUUUCGUAAUCUUAUAAUAUGUUUUGAAUAUUUAAAAUAAAUCUGUAAUAUAUUAAAAGAGAUUUUUUGAAAUAUAAAUUUCAGAUUUAUUAAAUAUUUGAUUUUUAUUACUACAUGUAUUUUAAAUAAUUUACUGUGUACAUACUUAACUUUACAUUAGAAAUUUCACAUAUGCAAUAAUGAAUAAUUCUGUAUUUUAUAUAACUAUGAUUCUUACUAAUAAGGUGUAUUGAAAAAUGAUUUAUAUUUUGUGAUAAGUAUUAAACAUAUAAAAAUGAAUAAAUAUGUUUAUAAUUUCUAAUAAAAUUUAAGUAAAUUCGUUGAUUUACUUAUCGUUAAUUUCUUAUCUACUGUAAAAAUAUGUGUGCAUAAUGGCAGAGAAAGUUAGAUCGUUAAUUAAGGUUGUAACUAAUGAAAUAAAUAAACAGCGGUUGUUUAAUAAUGCAACUACAAGGUUUAAUUCAGCCACAGAGAAAGCACAAGAAAAAAUGGUUAAUGUGCAAAAUGCUUUUGCUGCAAAAUAUGAUGUACUUUCAAAGCAAAUCAAUAAGGAUAUAACAAUAAUGCAAAAUUUAAAUGCUUCGCAAUUAGAACCAAGUCCAUUACCAAAGAGAGUUAUAGAAUGGUGGCAGUGGUAUCAACAAUUAACAGGUUUAGAUACAGUUGAGUUGGCCAAACAACAAGUAAUUUCAGCUCAAGAUAAGUUAUUCAAAUGUCAAGAUGAAAGAAGGCGUCUUAAUCGUGAAGCAACAAUAAUAAAUAAUAAAUUGAAGGAAGUAUAUUCUGAACUUAUUCAAACUAAAAGAGAUGAUCCAAAGUAUGUGCAAUUAACAAUAAUAGAAAACAAAAGUCUUCAAGAUCAAACAAGGAUUAUAUCACAGCUUGAUUUAUUAGAAAAAGAAGAAAAAGAUUAUUUUACAUUACUAGCAACUGCUAUUAAAGAGUAUCAUGAUAGUCAAACAAUGAAUGCACAGAAGUAUAAAUAUUUAUCUAUUCUUGCAUCUGCUGUAUUAGCAAUUAUAUCAUUGGUUGGUUCAAUGACAUAUAAUUAUAGUAAAAUAUCAAAUAUUCGAAAUGUUAUAUCUGAAGCACAACAAAGAAAUGAAAGUGUGCUUGAAAAUAGUUUGCAUUCAUUAGAAAACGAUAUGAAUACAUUGUUUUCUAAAAUCCUUGAAAAAAUAGAUGACAAUAGUAACAGUAGACCAAAAAUAAGUGUAGUUAAUGAAGAACCAAAUACAAAGAGUUUAGGAGAAGUGAAGAAAACAUACAUUGUAUUAGGGCUAUGCUUUGCUGGUUUAUAUACCAUAGUUAAAUUGUUAACAGGUUAAAGAUUUACAUAGUAGUACAUUAAAAUAACAUUAAAUUAUUAUAUAAAUUAUCAAUGAUUUGUAAUUAUUUUGCUGAUCUUUAUACAAAUA